AUGGCCCGCAUGAACCACCCAGCUCCUGUGGAAGUCACAUACAAGAACAUGAGAUUUCUCAUUACACAUAAUCCAACCAAUGCAACAUUAAAUAAAUUUAUUGAGGAACUUAAGAAAUAUGGAGUUACCAUGCAAGUAAGAGUAUGUGCAGCAAUUUACGACACUAAUCUUGUGGAGAAAGAAGGUAGCCAUGUUCUGAUCAUUGAUGACUGGUUAAAUCUUGUAAAAAUCAAGUUUGUGAAGGACCUGGUUGUUGUUAUCACUGUUCAUUAUGUUGCAGUCCUUGGGAAAGCUCCAUUGCUUGUCACCCUAGCAUUCAAUGAAAGUGAAAUGAAAUAUGAAGAUGCAAUACAGUUCAAAACACAAAAGUGGCGUGGAGCUUUUAACAGCAAACAACUUUUGUAUUUGGAAAAAUAUCGUCCUAAGAGGUGGCUGUGCUUCACAGACUCCAAUGGUCAUAGAAACAACUGUUGCAUUCAGUAA